AUGUUAUCAUCAAGCGAUAGCAAGGUUGAACCAGCCUUGAAGAAACAGAAAUAUCAAGACAAAGCAAUUGAUUUAGAUAAAUCAGAAGAGUUUGAUAAAUUUUUCUUAGAUUUCAAUCAGAACCAAAUAUACCAGAACAAUUCACGCGACCUAGGCGAACAAUACGAACCUCCAAGUAAUGCUGAACCAAAUGAUCUCAACGAAGAAAUAAAUAAAGCAUUAUCAACAUUCAAUGAAUUUAACCAAACUAAUUCGAUUAAACUCAGCUUUAAAAAUGAGGCGAAUUCAUCAGCAACAGAAAGUUCGUCACCAAUGGAUUCUCCCGGCACGUUGACUAGUAGCGUAACUUCGAACGACGAAGAAGUCUACGCGGAUGAUUCAAAGCAAAAUCCUUCUCACAGGAUUUCUAAUGUGCAAUCAAAUCUGGACGAUCAAGCUAGCAUGACAAAUAUGGUUAACCAAUCUACUUUGACGUCAAUUAAGCAAAGUAUGAUUAAUACAAGUAAAUUAAUUUCUACAUUUACUACGUUAAAAACGACGUAUUUAAAAUUAUGUAAGGAGUUUAAUUACUUACUCAACAAGUUCAAAGACAAUGAAAAGAUUAAAAUUGAACUAAUUAACGAAAAUAACGAAUUAAAACAUUUAUUGAUGGAGAUCAUUAAGCAAAGAGAAUUAGAAAAGUCUACCACCAGACAUACGACACCAAUUUCAAAUUCAAGAAAAAGAAAGUGUCCUUCAUCCUGA